AUGGCGGUCUGCACCAUCUGCACUGCACCAAAUCUUUCGGCUGCCACUGCAGUCUCCAAGCCACCAUUGCUGGGCCCCUCCGUCAUCUCCGCGCCCGGGGAGAGCUUCGAAGCGGUGAUGAUGUUGGAGCUCCGGGCCUUUACCACGGACCCGCGCCGGAAGAUGGAGGAGGCGGUCACGAUCACCGUCAAGUGCCGGUCGCAGCACUGCGAGGUUGUCCAGCAGCUGGUGAAGAAUGCUUGGGGGGUCCAGCUGCGCGUUUUGGAGAACCAAGUCUUGGCGGAAGAAAGGUGUUUGGCCCUUCGCUGGGACCAGUGGCAGGAGGACACCUUCGUCAUCGCCGUGACCAACGUUUGGCGGCGGGCGCUCGAAAACUACCACCUGUGGAUUGGCCAGCCGCGCGACUGCGUCAAGGAGACGCUGAAGAUGUUUCAGGAGACCCUCCUGUUCUACACGAUGCAGGCCGUCUCCGAGCAGGUCAUGCACUGUCCGGAAGUCAUGAACACGCUCUUCCAUCUACUCCUCAAUGACGAGACUUCGAACAUCCUCCGCUUCGACCUAAUGUGCAAGAUUAUCGACGAAUACAUCCACAACAGCGACCCCUUCUAUGUGCGUGGCCUGACCCUGGAUGACCUGAACGACUCCGUGCCUCGGCGCCUGGGAAACACCGACAUGGAGAGCCUGGAGCGGCGGCUGAAGAACUGCACCUACAAGGGCGGCUUGAUCUCGAAGAUGUAUCCGGCGCGCGGCAUUUUCGCCGGCUUGAAGCUGGCGCUGGACUUCCGACCGGCUGUCGAACUAAAGAGCAUGGUUGCCGUGCUGGCCUAUGCCACCUUUUCCGAGGACCUCGCCACCCGGCCCUUCUGGAUCCUCGAGCGGUGGGCCUUUCUGCACUCAUCGACGCUGGCGGUUGUGGAGCUUGCCACGCUUUGGAACCUGGGAUACAUCCAUCGAAGUGCACCGCGCCGGGACCAGAUGGCCAAGCGCUUCCUGGGAUUCCUGGUGUGCACGGGCAUUGCGGUGGUCCACAUCGUCAUGCCUGGCAGCGAUGUUGUCAAGCAGCUCGUUGGCCCCGGCUUCCUGGGAUUUCGGGCCGCCUACCUCACCUUGCUCCGCAACUGCCUCCCGCUGCCCUGCUUCCGCUCGCUGUCGCCCUUCCCGCAGAGCGAGAAGGAUCCCAAGCCGAAGUUCGACAGCGAAGGCGCCACGGCCGCGUUCUGGAAGCGGCUUCUCUACUGGACCGUGGUCAUGCUGUUCUGCUUCCUGGGCGAGGUCUACGUGGUUUUCCCAGUGAUGCAGGGGCUCAGCUUCGAGUCGCUCUGCGCGAGCCGCUGCCACCCUCUCCCCUGGCAGUCGGAGUGCGUGGCCUGCAAUGGGAGCAUGUUCAUUCUCUACUUCAUGCUCUCCUCUAUGCUGGCCAUCGAUAUCUUCAUGGGCCAUGUGCUCUUUACGUCUGUCAUUGGCAUCGUCUUGGGGACCCAGCGCGGCCUCAACGGCAUGCGCAAGGCUGGGGACUCGGCGGUCUUCCUCUCCGACUCCGACCUGGGCGUAGGGGAAAACAACCCGCGGGCCGGGAAGCUGAUGCAGCGCGUGUUUGGCAAUGGCUGGCGCCACACCUGGAACCUCAUAUGCUACCGCCUCUGGAAGGAAGAUUUGCUUAGCAGCUCGGAGUCGGAUCAGCUGAUGCAGAUGGCCACCAAGAGCAACUCCGACAAGAACCCAGAUGCACCGGUUUACCUGCACACGCUUCACCCGGUCGUCCGCGAGCGCUUCACCUUCUUCUUCGCCUCGCUCCGUACCAUCUGCGAGGACCGGAUGCGAAUGGAGGAGAACCCGCCGAUCUCGCAUCAUGGAAUCUUCCGCACCCACGACAUCAUGCCUCUCUCGCAGGUGCUGCCGGCCGUGAACGAAGAGGUCAUCCUCCAGGACGGCAUGCUCAGUGGAAACAAUGGAGAGAACCUGCGGUGGAUCAUCGGCAAGUAUCCGAAGGAGUGGCAGCGCCUCACAGCACGACUGGCGGAGAGCAACUUGCUGCUGAGAUACCUUGGGAAGGCCCAGCCUCCCAUCUCCGACAAGACGCGGCUCGAGGUGCGUUUGUGGGCUUCGAUGAGGUCUCAGACGGUGAUGCGCACAGUGCAGGGAGCCGUGAACUACCACAUCGCGUUGGAAACGAAUCCGACGAUUGUGUCCCCGCACUCCACCAUCAGCAAACGGCAGCAGCUGGAGAAGUACGUCGAGCUGAUUUGGUCGCACCAGACGCACGGCGAAGACAACAAGAAAGACAGUGAUGUGCGUCGCCUCCUGGGUCUGUACGAGGACUACCCAAUCUACCUCGUCUUCGACCUGGACAUGGUCCACCUCACCACGCUGGAUCGGAAGAUCAUGGGGCAGAUGGUGCGGUUCCAGAAGCUCCUCGGCAACUACGUCUUCCGGACGGGGACGACGCGGCGUGGCGGGGGCUGGGGGUACCUGUUCUGCAUGGAAGCCGGCGAGAAUCCUGACUGGUUCCGCCUGGUCCGAGUCGGUGACCCGAGCCACGAGUCGGGCGAGCUCCAGCCCGCCGACAUGGGUACAAAGCCGGAGAUGCAAGUCCUGGAUGAGUGGCUCGACGACACUCACUUCUUUGACCACUUCCCCUACAUGUCCUGCAAGGCCAUGUACCGAAAGCGGCCGCUGCUGGAAGAGCGCCGCAAGCUCAUCCGGGAGCUCGAACUCAGCAACCUCGAUGGCAAGUUCAUCGCCAGCCAGGGUCGUGACGAGAUCUGGUUCUGGACUGCCAAAUGGGGUACGGAGGUGGAGCACGUGCUGGCCCUCAUGAGCCGGUACUUGGUUGAGAGCUUCGACCCCACAUCCGUCUUGAAUCUGGAGAUGGUCGAGGUGAUGCCUCGGCGCCUGCCGCUCAUGAUUGGCAAGAACAAAGGCAAUCUCACGCAGGGAAAGGCAGGGAACCAGCUGAUGGCCCUGCGAUUCUGCAAGGGCUUUGCCUUGCAGGAAUGGAAAGUACACCUGAUUCGGUUGAUUGGCUUCCGCGAGCACAUCUUCACGGUGGCGCACGGCAUCUGCGGCGCAGGGGGGCUCGGUGAGCACGGGUUGCGAGGUGCAAGCUGCCCACGCCAAAUCCCAGCAAUGGCGCACAUAGGAACCUUGAAGAAGGUCAUGGAUGGCUGCGGCUUCAUCGAGAACUCCGAUGGUUCGGGUGAUGUUUUCGUGCACUUCUCUCAGUUGGCCCACGGCAGCUCCGAUGACCUGAUUGUCGGGACUGUGAUGACCUUCGACAUUCAGGAAGAUGCGCGAAGCGGCGAGUCCAAGGCCACCAACGUGACGUUGCAUGGCGGCUAUGGCUAUGCUGGCGACUCUGCCAUCGGCUAUGGCAAGGGCCGGGGCCGGGGCCGGGGCCGGGGUCAUGGCGGUUACGGUAAGGGUGGCGGUAAGGGCAGGCCCGUGCCCGUCCAGACCUGGCUGGGCGUUCGCAUGCACUAUGGCCAUCCCGACUUUGUGGACCUGUACUGGGCCCGGAACCGUGGGUCGAUGAGCAAGGCCACACCACACAUCAACCUCUCGGAAGAUAUCUACCUCGGGUUCAACGUCAAGAAUCGUGGAGAGAAGUCAGACCACUUCGACUUCUUGGAGUGGGAGAAGGGCCGAGAGGUGUCUUUCAACGCGGCCAGCACCUUCUUGUACAAGAUCUCGGGCGGGAACAUCGGCGUCUGGCGCUCGAAGGACAUCACCGAGAGCGCCAUGGUCUUGCCCACCAUCGAUCUCUUCUCCUUCUACUUCGCCACGGUGGGGUACUUCGUGUCUUUGACAAUCAUUGACAUGACCAUGUACUUCUAUGUUGGCUUUCACCUGAUGCUGACGAUGGCCUCGGUGUCCCUUCACGCCUUGAAGGACGAGCUGUGCGACCUCACCCUCCGCCUUGCCAAAGAGCGAGGAUUAGAUGCAGCUGAUGCAAGGUUUUCCACUGCCGUGUCCGGCUUGGAGGCCGCAGACCCUGGCUUCGGUGCGGCGCUGCACCAGGCCAUGUCCCUAACUCCCGCGAUCGCCGAUCUCUGGCGCAGCCGGGAACUGAUCGAAGCGGUCCACAAUCUCACAGGUUGGCGCUCGGUGGCCGCCCACCCCAUCUUCAACAUCCGGCCGAAGUCUCCUUCUGCGCGAGAGCUCAACUAUGGUCUUCACCAAGAUCCCGCCUUUUGGGGCGAGGCCGCGGCGGGCAUCGAUGUUGUCGCAGCCUGGCUGCCGCUGGUCCAUGUCUCACGGGAGAAUGGCACCCUCCAACUCAUUUGUGGCUCCCACAAGAGGCCAGGCCUCUACCGUCACUUCCUCUCUCCCGAUGGGGCGAUGGCCCCCUUCCUCCCAGAGGAGUCGUUGCCGAGCGGUGAGCGCAUCUUGGCCGAGCUCUCGCCGGGUGACGCCGUCUUCUUCUCCCAGCGGACCGUCCACGGGGGCUGCGGACCAAACCUCUCCAGCGCUGUGCGCUGGGCUGUGGACCUCAGGUGGCAAAACCCAGCUGACCGCAACUUCCUCACGGGCCAGCGGGACGCUGUAAAGUUGUGGGACACGGAGUGCGGCCUGCAGGAGGUUGACGUAGAGAAGUGGGCGGCCGCGUGGAAGGAGCAGGAGCAACUUCGGAAGGCUGGGCGUCACUGGGAGGCGGCGUGGCCGCGCUACCGGCCCCCGCCGGGUCCAGAGGACUGA